AUGUGGUUCUCCCGAAACCGCUCCGCCAGCGAAGUGCUGCCGGACGCCUCUGUGGAAAAAAACACCGACCGUGCCUCCGUGCUAAAAAACGAGGAAUGGGGUCCUGAGGGCGAAGUCGCCUCAGCUGACUACUCUGACUUCACGGAGCAUGAAGAUAGACCCUUGGCUUUGAAAAGAGCCCUCAAAGACCGUCAUAUUUCGCUUAUCGCCUUGGCCGGUAUCAUUGGGCCUGGUAUCUUGGUGGGUGCUGCCAACCCUACCAGUGAAGGUCCGGCCUCGAUGAUCAUCGGUUUCGGUGUCAUUGGUAUCAUUGCUUUUGCCAUGGUGCAGAGUUUGGGUGAACUCGCCACCUUGUACCCUUCUGGCUGUGUCUUCUCCACGUUGGGCGGGAAGUUUGUCGAUAAGGCCAUUGGCGGCACUGUGGGCUGGAACUAUGUCAUUAUCUGGGUUGCCGUUUUGGCGAACGAGUACAAUAUGGUGGCGAACGUUUUGAUCGAAUGGGGCCCCCAGGUGCCGCUUUACGGCUACAUUCUCAUGUUCUGGGCCGCUUUUAUGGCGUUCCAGUUUUUGGGUGUGAGGACGUUUGGUGAGGCCGAGUUCUGGCUUGCUUUGACCAAGAUUGUGGGUAUCUUCGCCUUUUACAUUUUCUCCAUCAUCUACGUUGCAGGCGGUGUCAAGGGCGUGGACGCCUUUGGUUUCCGCUACUGGCACGACCCUGGUCCUUUGGCCAACGGCUUCAAGUCGGUGGUUUCGACUUUUGUGUUUGCUUCCACUUUCUACUCGGGCACUGAGUCUGUGGCGAUUGCUGCUUCGGAAACCAGAAACCCUUCCAAAGCCAUCCCCAAUGCCAUUAGACAGACCUUUGUCCGUAUUAUCGUCAUUUACAUGGGUAUCGCCUUCUUCUACGGUUUGACUGUUCCAUACAACGACCCCUUGUUGGACCGUUCUUCCACGCUCAAGUCGCCCAUGACGAUUGCCAUUCACAACGCCGGCUGGCCAGGCGGAAAACACUUGAUCAACGCUUUCAUCUUGGUGACGUGUAUUUCGGCCAUCAACUCGUCCAUCUACAUUGGUUCCAGAACCAUUGUGCACUUGGCCAACGAGGGCAAUGCGCCUAAAUUCCUUGCUAGAUUGAACAGACAGCAGGUGCCUUACCUUUCUGUCGUUUUGAUGAACUCCUUGGGUCUUAUAUCGCUCAUGAACGUCAGUACCGGUGCCGCUAAGGCCUACGACUACAUUGUCAACAUUUCCGGUGUGGCUGUGUUCAUCUGCUGGGGAAGCAUCAACUUCUACCACUUGCGUUUCAGAAGAUCCUGGACUUUGCAGGGCCGUUCUGUCGAGAGUUUACCUUACAAGGGUUGGCUCUACCCAUACUUGCCCAUUGCCGGUCUCGUUUUGGACAUUUUCUUGUUGCUCAUCCAGGGUUGGAGCACGUUCAAGCCCUUUGACGCAGCCGGCUUUGUGGACGCUUACGUUUUGAUUCCGUUCUUCUUCAUUCUUGCUGCCGUUCUCAAGUUCUGGCAGAAGACCAAGUGGGUCAAUUUGUCCGAGGUGGAUCUCGAUGCGGGCCGUAGAAAGGACUUGGACUGA